UUUUCUUUUUUUAUUUAUUAUUGUUAUUAUUAUUAUUAUUUUGUACCUGACACUGCGUUGAAUCGGCUUGGAGCGCAGACGCAUCCAGUCAUUCUUUCGAGGGAAGACACCAAACACCGGGCUUCUGUGUCUUUAUGUGCAGUUUCUAAGUACGACUUGCCUGUGAGAGGACGAUUAUGAAGUGUGUGGGCUCCCUGUGGACCCUCUGGGUUCUCCUGGUGCACAGGGCUGCGACAGACACUGAGCAAAUCUCAGAGCCAUCACUCAGGCCUGGACAGCAAAUGACCGAGGGGCCGAGUCCCGCGGUGAGCCAGAGUCAAUACCGGUGUCUUGAGCUGUCCAACAAAGACCAGCAAGACAACACAACUGGCUCAUUCUGUAGACGUUUAUGGGACGGUUUACUUUGCUGGGAUGAGACACCAGCCGGGACAUCUGUAACACAACACUGUCCAGAUCAUCCCGACCUGGACACAACUGAAAAAGUGACCAAAUAUUGCGACAGAAUGGGGAACUGGGUUGAGAUUGGCUCCGCCUGUCAGCUCGCGUCAAAGGACAAAUUAGAGCAAGAGAAACAAUUUUUAAGGGACUCUGCCGGAGCGAUGACGACAGACGCCACUGACGUCGACAUCGGCGGUGUACAAAAACUGAUCCUUGAAAAUGAAAAGAAAUGCUCGGAGAAAAUGAAGAACGAUCCAAAAUAUGACAAACCAGGUGUGUACUGCAGUCGUAACUGGGACGGCUGGCUGUGUUGGAACGACACGCCAGCGGGAUCACACGCGUCCCAAAACUGCCCCAGUUAUUUUGCCGACAUGGAGGCCACAGAGAAGGUAACCAAGUAUUGUGGAGAGGACGGGCAAUGGGUUCACCAACCAAAGAGCGAAAGGAUUUGGACCAACUAUACUCUCUGUUCAAGCACCUAUGAGAAGAGACAGAGGGCAGCUGCACAGCUCUCCGGAGACAUCGAGGUUCAACCCGCCGACGGGGCCACGGUCAGUCCGGCGGUUCACCGGGAGGAGCAAGAGAUCGAGCGGAAGAAAAUCCUCGACAGCCAGUACAAGUGCUUUGAGAAAAUGAAUCGAGACGCCGCUUAUAAUAAAUCAGGGUUGUACUGCAGUCGGAACUGGGAUGGCUGGUUGUGCUGGGACGAUACUCCAGCAGGGACAUACACGUCUCAAAACUGCCCCAAUUAUUUCAUGGACUUUGACCCAACAGAAAAGGCCACUAAGUACUGUGGGGAGGACGGGCAGUGGUUUCGCCACCCGGACACAAACAGGACUUGGUCCAACUACACACUCUGCAAUGAAAACACCAACUCAAAGUUAAAGUCAGCUUACAUCCUGUUUUACAUGGCAAUUGUGGGACACGCUUUGUCCAUAGCAUCCCUGCUCAUCUCUCUGGCCAUCUUCUUCUACUUCAGGAGUCUGAGCUGCCAAAGGAUCACGCUCCAUAAGAACCUCUUCUGCUCCUAUGUGCUCAAUUCCGCCCUCACCAUCAUAAACCUGGGGGGAGUGGUCAGCAAUCCUGAUGUGGUGGUCAGAAACCCGGUUGGCUGUAAGGUGCUCCACUUCUUCCACAUGUACAUGCUGGGCUGCAAUUACUUCUGGAUGCUCUGUGAAGGCAUCUACCUGCACACGCUCAUCGUGGUAGCCGUGUUUGCAGAGGAGCAGCAUCUACACUGGUACUACCUCCUGGGCUGGGGCUUUCCACUAGUCCCCGCGUCCAUCCACGCCGUGGCAAGGAAAAAGUAUUUCGACGACAACUGUUGGAUGAGUGUGGACACCCAUCUGCUCUACGCAGUUCACGGUCCUAUCAUGGCAGCACUUCUUGUGAAUCUCUUCUUCUUACUAAACAUCAUACGAGUGCUGGUGACCAAAUUGAGAGACACACACCGCGCCGAGUCCAACAUGUACAUGAAGGCGGUGAGAGCCACGCUGAUCCUCGUGCCCCUGCUGGGAAUACAGUUUGUCAUUAUUCCCUGGAGGCCGGAGAACCGGCUGGCUGGGGAGGUCUACGAUUAUAUCAUGCACAUACUCAUGCAUUACCAGGGUUUACUGGUGGCAACAAUAUUCUGCUUCUUCAACGGAGAGGUGCAGGCAGCUCUAAAGAGACAGUGGAUGCAGUAUAAGAUGCAGUGGGGUCAGAGACGGAAGGACCACUGUUCAAUGCGCUCCACGUCCUACACAGCCACCUCCAUCACAGAGGUGCCCGCCUUCAUGUAUCACCACGACUGCAACAGUGAACAAUUUAACGGGCGCCACAUGAAAUCUGAAAUCGUGGCGCUAAAAUCAGGAGAGACGUACGCUUGAGUCACGAGCGUGAGAACAGCCACAGAGAUGUACAGCACGGAUGGUGAUGGUGAUGAUGAUGACACAGUUCUGGAAAUAAAGAGCUCAGAGACAGAUUUGCUGUGAAUCUGACACUUAAUUAUACUUUACAUCGGCAUUGUAGCUGCUUUAUCAAGAACUCUGGUGUCUCUCAACUCGAGACACGGGACCAACAGCUGCUUUUUGACACGUGUCACUUCUUUAAAAAGCUGCUAUACUGUGACGUGCUCACAGGCUUGUGCUGCUUUGGAGACAGAGAAGACGUCAGUGGGUGUGUGUUGGAGUUGGUGCUACUGAACACGACAGUGACUGAUUUAAAAAAGGUGCUCGAGGCUGAAGUAGAAUCCUUUCCGAACCUCACCAACACCAUAGGGCACCGUGUUGUUGUUGUGGCAACUAUGACGAGCGGUUCUGUGUCCAGAUGAGGACAGAUGUGGGAUCCUGACGCAAAAAGACACACACGCACGCACCGGAUCAUAUGAUGUGCCAUGAUAGCAGUCAAACUUUCAGAAGACCCUCUCUGCUCUGAAUUGUGUACAUAAUGUAUGUUUCGUCAUGUUUUAUUUUAUUUUUUUUUGGAGGGGAGGGAUGUUUCA